AUGGACCUUAAGCAUGAGCGACACAACCCCAAGGCGCGCCGAUCUACAGCAGGCACGAGGAAGAAGGGGAAAUCACAUCAUAAAAGAUCCGGUGUCGUCCCUACAACCGAUGCACCCGAUCCCAACGCCGCAAUCCUUGAAUACAAGUCACUCGAAGAUAAAGAGCGCGACAGAAAAGAAAGGCUCGUAAGAGAGCUUGCAGCAGAGUCAGAAUCCAAAGUAUCGAGACAGAAGCGGAAGAGACUGGAAAAGUAUGUUGAGAAAAAGCUAAGAAAAGAAGAGAGACUUGUGAUUUUUGAGAAGCUAGCUCAGACGCAAGCUCAAACUUCAAGUCUUGAUCUUCAAUCAUCAUCUACUCUUGGUACAGGAGCUACCUCUACAGCUCGGGAACGCCAAGAGAAGCUAGAAGACAAGGAAGUGCGUCGCGCUAUGGAGGGCCAGCCCAAUAAACGUCGACGGCGCCAUAACGAUUUCGCUGUUCAUGAACACGGAGACGGUGAAAACGAAUCCGAUGCGAUGGAUGGAGUUGACUUUGUUGAGAAAAUUGAUAAGACACCGGAACAACAUGAUGGACAUGAGGGCCCAGUGACGGAGUUCUUCGCGGAUCCUUCCACGGCUUCGACAGUCUCCCAGUCAGCUCUAUCCGCUUUCACCGUUGGUGGCGCACUUAAACGGAAUCCUGAUGGCUCUGUCGUGGCACCACUAGUUGUGAACAAAAAGAAUGCAAAGAGUCGAAUGAAGGCCUCCUUCCCGAGCUGGAAAAGAAGGGUACCACCGACAGGGGUUUCAGAACAGCAAUCAGACACAUCGUUCGACAGCUCUGAUUCGGCCUAUGAUACGGAUGAAAAACAACACAACGAAAAUCGAGAAGGGGAAGUCUUGGCCGUAGGUUCAGACGAGGAAGAAGAACGCCCUCUACCUGCCAAGAAACGCCUUGGAUUCAAGGACUGGGCCGUAAGACAGCUUAACACAGCGAAAGGCCAUGAUAUUACUGAAGGGACCCCACCGUCGCUCGAAACCGAACAUCCAGCUGCACCUCCAUCUAAUCAACCAAAAUCGAUAUCGUCGCAACCAAAUUCAAUGCGCGGCCUCCUGGGUGAAGACCUGAAGCUUCCUUCUACAUCUUUUGCAGAGUGCACGACGAAAACCCAAGAAACUUUCUCUGAAUCCUCUUCCAGAAGCAUCAAGUCUGUGUCCGUCACUCGUCCCCUUGAUAUCCAGGAGUCCAGGAUGCAGUUGCCUAUCAUUGCAGAAGAACAGCCCAUCAUGGAAACCAUAAUGUUCAAUCCGGUGGUAAUCAUUUGCGGUGAAACUGGUAGCGGAAAGACUACUCAGGUCCCACAAUUUCUCUACGAAGCCGGGUUUGGUGAUCCUACUGGAGAAAACCCGGGCAUGAUAGGCGUUACGCAGCCAAGGCGAGUUGCGGCAAUGUCAAUGGCAUCUCGAGUGGCUCGUGAAUUGUCCUUGACCUCCUCCCGCGUGUCGUACCAAAUCCGAUAUGAUGCAACUGUGUCUCCUUCAACUACGAUCAAGUUCAUGACCGAUGGUGUACUUUUGCGUGAACUUGCUACCGAUUUCUUGCUUUCAAAAUAUUCCGUGAUUAUCAUCGACGAAGCGCAUGAACGUAGUAUGAACACCGACAUCUUGAUCGGCGUUCUUAGUCGGGUAAUCAAGCUACGCGAACAAAUGUGGAAGGAGGGCACAGAGGGUACGAGACCCCUACGGCUUAUCAUCAUGUCGGCGACCCUACGCGUCGGCGACUUCGCAGAAAAUCAGACGCUCUUUUCGUCGCCACCUCCGGUUAUCAAUGUUGAUGCUCCGGUCAAGAAAGCAGCCAAGAUUCAUGCUCGUUUGCCACCAGGAGGUAUCCUCAUAUUCUUGACAGGGCAAAAUGAAAUUCAGGGCGUCUGUAAAAAGCUCGAGGCACGAUAUGGCAGAAAAGCCCUGGAGGCAAGAAAGAGGAGAAGACAAGUUGUCCAAGCUUCUUCUAUUUUCGCAGAAUCCGUUGCCAGUGAAGUUUCUUGUCCUAUUGCUCUGCCUCACGCCGACAUUGAAGCCGAAGAUAUCGAGUUUGGCGUUCACGAGCAGGAGUUAGCACUUGAUGUUGAUGGAGACCUCGCGGAGGAAGAUCCUGAAGGCCUCGAUAGUGACGACGAAGAUAGUGUCAACGCUGAACUUGGCAUCGAUAUCGAGGAGAAUACGGACCUAGUCCCAAUGCACGUCGUCCCUCUCUACUCACUCUUGCCGAGCGAGAAACAAAUGCGAGUUUUUGAUGUACCACCAGCAGGCUAUCGUUUGGUGGUAGUAUCAACAAAUGUUGCGGAGACCUCCCUUACGAUCCCAAACAUACGCUAUGUAAUCGAUUGUGGCCGAGCGAAAGAGCGACAUUAUGAUAUGGCGAGCGGUAUUCAGUCCUUUCAGGUCAGCUGGAUCUCCAAGGCUUCCGCCGCCCAGCGAGCUGGUCGCGCGGGUCGCACAGGUCCAGGACAUUGCUAUAGACUCUAUUCCUCCGCUCUUUACGAGCAUUAUUUCGAGUCAUUUUCACAGCCUGAAAUCAUGCGCACGCCGAUUGAGGGCGUCGUUUUGCAGAUGAAGAGCAUGAACAUUGACGCCGUUGUCAACUUCCCUUUCCCAACUCCUCCAGAUAGGCAGGUAUUAAAAAAGGCUGAGACAGUCCUCACUCGUCUUGGCGCGCUCAGUAGCGCACCUCUUAUAUCGCAAGCGGGGGUGUCUAUGUCAACGAUCGGGGGCCAAGUGACGCCUCUAGGGAAGGCGAUGAGCUUGUUCCCAAUUUCUCCGCGCUUCUCUCGAAUGCUUGUUGGGAGUCAACAACAUGGUUGUCUACCCUAUGUGAUCUCGAUUGUGGCAGCUAUGUCUGUCGGGGACCCUUUUCUUCGUGAAGAAGGUGACGAUGAAGUACUGGGACAUAUCAAGAAUGCUUCGGUCAGAGCGAAAGAGGCGAGGAAGACCCGACGGCGGACAUUCUUUGAGUCUCAGCAGGUUCAUGGAUCGCUGGGUAAUUUCAAUAGUGACAUUUUCAGGUUCCUCUCAGUUGUCGGGGCCUACGAGUAUUCUGGAGGGGGUCACCAGUUCUGUAAGGCCCAUUUUGUAAGGCCCAAGGCCAUGGAAGAAAUACACAAACUGCGAGCUCAGCUAAGCAGCAUUGCAGAAGCAAAUUUCCAAAACGCUGAAGUUGGCUUCAAUAAAAACAUCCGACCUCCUAACGACAUGCAGCUAAAAGCUAUACGUCAACUACUUGUUGCUGCCUUUAUCGAUCAAGUAGCAGUACGGAAAGAUCUAAUACAAAAAAACGCCAGUGGGGGGAAGUUUUCAACUGCUAAAGGCGUCCCAUAUGCGGCGGUGGGAGUAUCCGAGGAUGUUUUCAUCCAUCCAAUGUCUGUGCUUGCAAAUCGCCCCCCGCCAGACUAUCUCGUCUUUUCUGAAGUAGUCCAAACGUCACAGACCUGGAUCAAAGGACUAACGGUCAUAAAUCCUGUAUGGCUGUCGAGUCUUGGAAAACAGAGUAUGUGCACGUUUUGCAAACCUUCGAGAAACAAUGCGGGCGUGAUGAUGUCUAUACCGCGGUUUGGGCCAGAUCAGUGGGAGCUGCCUCCUGUGAAGGUGUGA